CAAUACCAAAUAAAAUUAUUAGAAACUCAAAAAAUAAGGUUCAAGAACUAGCGGAUAUGGAGAUAGCACCAUGGGUUCGAGUCUUAGUUCUUGUGGCUUGCCUUUUUCCGGCAUCGGUGGAUUGCAUGGUUAGACAUUAUAAGUUCAAUGUGGUGCUGAGAAAUACAAAAAAAAUGUGUUCAUCAAAAUCAAUUGUGACUGUGAAUGGGAAGUUUCCAGGACCAACUAUCGUUGCAAGAGAAGAUGACACUGUCCUCGUCAAGGUGGUCAACCAUGUCAGUUACAAUCUUAGCAUCCAUUGGCAUGGAAUUAGACAAUUGCGAACCGGGUGGGCAGAUGGUCCAGCCUACAUAACCCAGUGUCCCAUCCAGCCAGGGCAGAGCUAUGUAUACAAUUUCACACUUACUGGCCAAAGGGGUACCCUAUGGUGGCAUGCCCAUAUCCUCUGGCUUAGGGCUACUGUUCAUGGUGCUAUUGUUAUCUUGCCAAAACGCGGCGUUCCAUAUCCAUUUCCAACACCACACAGGGAGAAAGUAAUCGUACUAAGUGAAUGGUGGAAAUCAGACGUUGAAGCAGUGAUCAAUGAAGCUUUGAAAUCUGGAUUAGCACCUAACGUCUCAGAUGCUCACACCAUCAAUGGUCACCCCGGCCUUGUCCCUACUUGUCCUUCUCAACGAGGAUUUAGCUUACAAGUACACUCAGGAAAAACAUACAUGCUAAGAAUAGUCAACGCUGCACUUAAUGAAGAACUCUUUUUCAAGAUCGCCGGCCACCAACUCACCGUCGUCGAAGUAGACGCCACGUAUGUCAAACCCUUCAAUACAGACACAAUUCUAAUUGCACCAGGCCAAACCACCAACGUUCUCCUAACCGCCGCCCGAAGUUCCGGCAAGUACCUAGUUUCCGCCUCCACUUUCAUGGACGCCCCCAUUGCCGUAGACAAUAUAACCGCCACCGCCACCUUACAUUACGCCGGCACCCUUUCUAGCUCCCCCACCACCCUCACCGCCACACCGCCUCUGAAUGCCACCUCCGUCGCAACAAGCUUCACUAAUUCUCUUCGUAGCCUCAACUCAAAAAAAUAUCCGGCCAACGUGCCGUUAAAGAUUGAUCAUUCCCUUUUUUUUACGAUCGGUCUCGGCGUUAACCCUUGUUCUACCUGUGUUAAUGGAAGCCGGGUGGUUGCGGAUAUUAAUAAUGUUACUUUUGUUAUGCCAAAGAUCGGUCUUCUUCAAGCUCAUUUCUUCAACAUUAGUGGCGUUUUCACCGAUGAUUUUCCCGGCAAACCGCCGGUGGCUUAUAACUACACUGGGGCACAGUUGACGAACUUUCAGACUAUAAAUGGGACAAAGCUUUAUAGACUUGCUUAUAACUCGAGUGUUCAGUUAGUUUUACAAGAUACGGGUCUGAUUACUCCUGAAAAUCACCCGAUUCAUUUGCAUGGUUUUAAUUUCUUUCAAGUUGGGAGAGGAAUUGGUAACUUCGAUCCCAAGAAAGAUCCCAAGAACUUCAAUCUUGUUGAUCCGGUGGAGAGAAACACCGUCGGAGUUCCUUCCGGCGGAUGGAGUGCUAUAAGAUUCCGAGCUGACAAUCCAGGGGUGUGGUUCAUGCAUUGCCAUUUGGAAAUUCAUACAACAUGGGGAUUGAAGAUGGCAUUUGUGGUUGACAAUGGCAAAGGUCCUAAUGAAUCUCUUCUUCCUCCUCCUCCUGACCUCCCCAAGUGUUAAUUAGGGAUGGAUCUGUACACAAACUUUUCUUUUUCUUUUUAUAUUGUUAUAAAGAAAUUAAUUAAGGAAAAAAUUUGGAAUUUGAGAAGAAAAAUUGUUGAGCUUAGAGCCAAUAAGAAGAGUUGUUUUGAGUAAUCUAAAAGUUAAAUUGCUCAGAGUGGAUACAAAAUAAAUAUGGGAUUCUUUUUAUUUACUUUCAA